UCGUGUUUGAACUCGUUUCCUGUAAAGCAAUGGUGUCUUGCUAAAGUAUUUAUACAGAGAAUAUUUACUGCGUGUAUUAUAACCAUUCCACGACGUUUCUUUAAAGCAGUUGUUUGAAUACCCGAAAAAGAUGCCUGUGGCUGUAGGACCCUAUGGAGAGACACAACCAAGCUGCUUCAACAGGGUCAAAAUGGGCUUUAUGAUGGGUUUUGCAGUUGGAAUGGCAGCCGGUGCCAUGUUCGGAACUUUCUCCUGUCUACGAAUCGGGAUGAGAGGUCGAGAGCUAAUGAGUGGUGUGGGCAAGACCAUGAUGCAAAGUGGCGGCACAUUUGGAACCUUUAUGGCUAUUGGCAUGGGAAUUCGCUGCUAAAACAACUGUGACUGCUCAGUUUUCUUUAUUGUAUUCUAAAUUUCAUAUGUAUAUUCACUAUGCCACCUUCAUAAAUUAAAUUGUGUUAUUAAAACUUAUUAUUAAUUAUUCACAUAA